CGAUCACUAGAUAAGCUCCUGCUCAAGAGUCUGUUGCAGUUUUGUCUUCUGGCUUGGUCCCUAUGCUUGAUUACAUUACCACAGAUGAAUAUCUGCGUCCCACCUUGAAAUGAAAACUAGGUUACUUUUCCAACUCGUGUCACUUUUCAGCAAAUUCAUUCAUUAGAAAUCAUUGAGGUCCUUGCUGCAAGAUGAUGAUAUGGCAUACAAGGCACAAUCAAAUGUUGUCCAAUAGGGUCGGCUACAGCUGGACCAUGAACACCUACGGCGACACCAGCGUCACGGGUCCCAGCGUAUCGACAGCCAGCUAACAAUUGACCAGCUUGGAACUUGGAAGGGUUGGACCAGAAUACUGGAUUGUAACCCGACCAGUCAAUGGCUGGAAAAAGCUGAUUGUUCCUGGAAUCUGACCACUUUCCCUGUCCCUCCCGUCAAGAAAGACUAACCAGGCGUGCUAGGUAUCUAUUGAUAGGCUUUGUGUAACCUAUCUGCCUACGUAUGGAUCGCCGUGACGCAAACCCCUCUCCUCUCGUACUUGACCUCAUUUCUGUAUUCUAAGGGAGGCUCCUGGUCUCGAAUGUUGCCCUGACCACCGAGUAAGUACCUUUUAGUCCACGAGGAAAAGGGAGGUCCCGCGGUACCAGAGAUCUUGAUUGAUGCUGCAAACCUAGAACGGCAUUUGUUUUUUACAAGUUCGGGGAAGCCACAUGGACAGAGGGAACGAGGGAACCUCACCUGGCCGGUGAUGGCCGAAGAAACAAUUACUGGGAUUGGUUGGGGGAGGCCGCGGGAUGGUUCCAGGCUAGAAAACCCCCCUCGACCCCUCCAUAUACUCACCUAUUGGUCCCUAACACUGCCCUUACUCAUCAGGCCGCAGAGUAGUCAGAACCAUGACGUCGGCCUCGUCGCCCAGCCAUUCCACCAGUCAGCAACGGCCUGGCCCUGGCCUUACCCUGGUCUUAAACCAUACAAGCUACAAACAAGUCACAAUCUAUCAAACCAUCCCACUUCUAUGGGACCGCAUGUGCUAACAAGUAGUCGCCGAUAGCCAUUCUAAGUACUUAGGUCACCUUAGCACUCCACCAGAAGGCACUCGAACCCAAAAUCAUCCUAUCCUACCACCAGCUUCUCACCAAUCCCUUCCGGGCUUGCCGGGUCACCGUCCUCUUUACGCUUGACUCCUCCAUCCUCUACCCUUCUACUCCAGACCUUCUACGGCUGGGUUUGGUCGGUCUCAGUUUCACCGGUCUGCAUUAUUCCUUCCAGAUCUGUCUCUCGAGCCAUUACCCAGGGCUGACCUGUGCUGACUGUUCACCUGCUUGACACCACAAUUCUUUGCUCGUGGCAUUUACCCCUCCACAGCCUGACUCAAUUAUCGUCUUCAUCUCUAUACUCUCUCGAUCUCAACCAAGUUUUCAGAGUGCCGAUAUCUGAGUAUUGGUUGCAGAUAAAGCCUCUUCAGCCAGCCGCACGUUCCGUCUAUUAGCCAGAGAUCAGACACCGUGCCAAUUACUCCGUACACUGUGGCCAACAUUGGAUCCAGGUCCGAGCGCCACUGCAACAGCCUGGGCCCCCUCCGUCCCGUCACCAUCUCAUAAGAGUCGUUGCCGUCAGCGGCUGGCAUUUCAUCUAUCCUGAAAACUCCAUCAGUCCUUCCUUUCCAGCCGCUCCUGCGGCCGAGUCUCAGAAAUGUCUGUCCUGCGCAAGCUCUCCAAGCAGAUACACCCCAACGGGAGCGAGACAAGACUUGGUGGAGAGGUCUCUCCGACCUCUUCCCAAAGCCCGGGGCCCCAUCGCCGUUCCAUCGCCCAUUUUCUCCAUCUUGACAAAGAAAGCUUCUCCAGUGACAAUGAAUCCGAUAUGAGCGAGGUUGACAGUGAGGGCAUAAGUAAAAAUGCGCAAAAGAGGGCAGUUACAAAACAAAGAAAGCAUGAAGCCCGGUCAAGAUUGAGCCUUGAACACCGCGAUGAUUCCGAGGAACGCAUCAAGCAGAGGCUCGAGGAUGCCGCAAAGGUCGAGACCGACGACAUGAAGGCACGCUACGGCGACCUCCCGCUGAUGCAGUCAACCACCAAAGGUGCCACCCAACGUCUAGACAUCAGCACCAUCACCGAGGACCAAGUGGGAACCGAAGUCCAGUUCCGCUGUCGCUUGCAACACGUCCGACAAAUGGGUGCGAAGUUGGUCUUCCUCAUCUUCAGGCAACAAAUCACCACUGUUCAGGGUGUACUUGUCGAAGAGCCAGGCAAGAUCUCUGCCAUCAUGAUCCACUGGGCUGAACAUUUGAGAACCGGCAACAUCCUCCUCGUCACUGGAACUCUGCAGAAGCCCCAAAUCCCCGUCAAGUCCGCAUCCAUCCACACAGUAGAGGUCAAAGUCGAAAAACUCCACAUCAUCGUAAAGCGCGCAGAGCCUGUCCCUUUCUCUGUUCAAGAAGCCGAAUUGACAAUCCUGGAUGAUGACCAAAAAGUUGAAGGAAGACAGAGUCAAAUUCCUGAUCGUGUCCGACUGUCUAACCGCAUAAUGGACCUCAGAACCGCAGCCUCGCAGUCUAUCUUCCGUAUCCAGGCCGGUGUUGGCAAUCUCUUCCGCACUGCCCUCGACGACAAGCGCUUUGUCGAGAUUCAUUCUCCCAAACUGCAAGGAGCUGCGACAGAGUCUGGUGCUUCAGUUUUCAAGGUCAACUAUUUCGGACGCCCGGCUUUCCUGGCUCAGUCCCCUCAGUUAGCCAAACAAAUGGCCAUUGCAUCUGAUUUUGAACGCGUCUACGAGAUUGGUGCCGUGUUCCGUGCUGAAAACUCAAACACUCAUCGACAUUUGACCGAGUACACUGGCCUCGAUCUGGAAAUGGCCAUCGAAGAGCACUAUCAUGAGAUGAUGGACGUCAUUGACGAGGUACUCAAGGGCAUCUUCAAGGGUGUCUACACAAAAUAUCGUACCGAAGUCGAGAUCAUCAAACAGCAAUUUCCCAGUGAAGAUCUUGUUUGGCUCGAAGAGACUCCAAGAAUCCCCUUUACAGACGCUGUGAAGCUCCUAAAUGACUCCGGUUGGCUCAACGAAGAGGGAGAACCAGUCUCAGCGCUGGAAGAUCUCGCUACACGAGACGAGAUCCGCCUCGGCGAGCUGAUGAAGGAAAAGUUCAAGACCGAUUAUUAUAUCCUGGACAAGUUUCCUCGUUCCGCCCGACCUUUCUAUACCAUGCCUGACGCCAAUGAUCCAAGAUACACCAAUUCAUUCGACGUCUUCGUUCGUGGCCAGGAAAUCAUUUCUGGUGGCCAGCGUAUCCACGAAUCUAAGAUGCUGGAAGACAACAUGCGUCUGGUCGGCAUCGAUCCUGAGGACAUGGCCGAGUAUAUGGAGGGUUUCCGAUGGGGUGCACCUCCCCACGCUGGCUGUGGCGUUGGUCUCGAACGUAUUGUCAUGCUCAUCCUCAAGUUGGGCAACAUUCGACUGGCAUCACUGUUCCACAGAGACCCCAAGUCAUUCCCAGCCAAACCUGUGGUUCAGAAGCUCAGGCAUCCUGAGGCAGACACUCUGCGUCCUCUGUGGCGACAGGAACGUGGUCGUGAGGUUGCACCCGAAGAUCGACAGAUGCCUGAUCUCUAUGAUCUGAUUGCAAACUAUGGCGAUGCCACCGCUACCUCUUGGGGCGACGAGAGAUACCAGAUUUGGCGCCACCCCGACACUGGCGCCGCGGUAUCGUACGUGCCUGAGGGCCAUUAUGCCAUCCUACCCGGCGACCCUCUCUGCGACGUGAGCCAAUACUAUCGUGUCGUCGUGUCGUUCCUUCAAUGGCUUAAGAAGGAGACCCGUCUCAAACCUCUGUGGCUUUUGAUCAGCCCAGACCUUGAGCAAGUCUUAGGUGAACGACUCGGCUGGAAGACACUUUCCUGUGUUGCCGAAGAACGUGUUGAUCCCAAUAAGAAAACCGCCGAAUCUGAUCCUGAGGUUGCUCGGAAAAUCCGACGAGCCCAGAACGAAGGCGUCAAGCUUACCGAUCUGGAUCACAAUGUUCCUGUACCAGAUUCCAUCAAGGAACGUUGUAAUGCUCGUGUAAAAGACUGGCUGUCCGGCCGCAAAGGAACUCAAAUCCACCUUUCCAACAUUGACCUUUUCCGUGACGAGAAACAUCGACGAUACACCAUCGCUGAAGACAAAGAGGGUACCAUUGUUGGCAUUGCUGUCAUGGCAGAAAUUGCUCCAAGACGAGGCUGGCAAGCCAAGUACACUCUGGAUUUCCCCAAUGCACCAUCGGGCACAAUCGAGUAUAUCACAACCCAUGCACUGACUGUUGCAGCCAAUGCAGGUGUCCACACCGUCACAUUUGGUGGUGGAGCUGCUCCUCAUUUGACACCAGGUCAUCACAUGAGUGGCGCAAAGGUCAAAGUGUUGCAAGCAACAUACGAUGCCAUUGUCAAGCAAUUCAACCUUGCCCGGAAAUCCGAAUUCAGAGAAAAGAUGGGUGCUGUGGCUGAUCCUAUUUGGAUCGCAUAUCCUCCUCAUGGUCUGGGAUCUAGAGGUAUCAAAGCAAUCAUGAGGUUAGUCGAACCGCUUUUGCCGUUUUCCAUGCAGCAAGCUAACCAAGUUUUCCUUGACCAGAUUCUUCCAAGACGAAUAAGUUAUAGUACGACCUAAACAUUAAUGUCGCCAUGACAAACGUACCGACGGAGCAUGUCUGGCAGAACGGUAACGCAGACAUGUAGCACGAUCUAUAAUGAGUCGGCCUCCCAACCAGCACUCUUGCCUUGGACGACUUGAAGAUUGUUUGACCGACAAGUCACAGGGGCCAACCUCCAAAACUAAGAGGAUCUACCCGUUAAAAUGAGUAAUGAAGGAAGUGCAAUGAUCAAGUUUUGCUAAGAGCUCUGGGGAAGUGUUGUCGAGCUCAUCGACAUAGCAUGGCGAGUCCUUUUCCUCUGGGGUUCGGUGUAAGGAAUUGGACAUGACAACAUGACCUUGUUGAAUACGAAAGAUCGCUGUUUGGAGUUCCCUGUAGCUUGCUUCCCAUACCCCUAUCAAUCCGCAACGCUUGAGUAGUUGGAUAACUUUGUAUGUAUGUCAUUAUGAAUGUUGCUCUUGACUCGCCAGCUGUAUAUACCUGUGGGUAAGAACAUGUUUUGGAUCAGAGAAUAAAUUUCAUUGGAGUUCGUGAUAUCGCCACAUUAAA